AUGGAAGAGGAAAGAUUCAAAGCUGAGAUUUUUCAUGUCACACAGCAAGUAUGCAACAAUACUGCUGCAGAACUCAGCGAGUCGGAAUCGAAACGUGUAGUCGUGGAUGAACUGUUUUGCGUUGGCGUAACCGAAAUGGUCUGGGAACAAAUUAAAGUUUUGGCAAAAGAUGUUGAGAUGUUUGCAGAACACGCCGGUCGCAAAACCGUACAACCCCAAGAUGUUGUUUUAUGCUCGCGAAGAAAUGAGGGUUUGCAUGAGAUUAUGCAAAAUCUUAGCAAGGAAGCCAUAAAGAACAGGAAAAAAAGAAAAGAGAACGAGGCUUAA